GCUCGUGAUUGGUUGGCGCGCUGUGACGUCACCUACGUGACUGUCAGCGUCGCAGACAUGGCGGAAGUGAAAGUGUUUCCAUUGUGCUGUGUGGUGCAGAGCUAUGCCUGGGGUAAAGUGGGUCUGGACAGUGAGGUGGCCCGGCUGGUGCUCGGUGGAGACCCUCAGGCGCUCAUAGAGGAGGCCAGACCCUACGCAGAGCUUUGGAUGGGUGCUCACCCCAAAGGAGAUGCUCUCAUCAAAGACAACAGGAUAUCCCAGAGGACACUGGGACAGUGGAUUGCAGAUUUCCCGGGAUGCCUGGGGUCAAAGGUCAAAGACACAUUCCAUGGGCAGCUCCCGUUCCUUUUCAAAGUGCUGUCUGUCAACACGGCUCUGUCCAUCCAGGCGCAUCCCAACCGGGAAUUGGCUGCUAGACUCCAUGCACAGUUUCCUGAACAUUACCCAGACAACAACCACAAACCGGAGAUGGCCAUCGCUCUCACUCAGUUUGAAGGUCUCUGCGGCUUUCGGCCGAUGGAUGAAAUCUUGGGCUUCCUCAAAAAUGUCCCAGAGUUCCGUGCGCUGGUCGGUAACGAAGCCGCUGAGGAGCUUCAGAGCGCCGAUGGAGACCCGGGCCGGACGUCUCUCGCUCUGAAGAAAUGUUUCACCAGGAUGAUGAACUGCGAGAAGAAGCUGUUCAUCGAUCAGCUCAACAUGCUGGUCAAACGCAUCUCAGAGGACGGGGCUGCAGGCAAAGACACCUCCAGAAGUAACGGAGAACUGCUGCUGCGACUGCAUUCCCAGUAUCCGGGGGACAUCGGAUGCUUUUCCAUUUACUUCCUGAACCGUAUCGUGCUGCAGCCGGGGGAGGCCAUGUUCCUGGGAGCAAAUGAGCCUCAUGCUUAUCUGUCUGGAGACUGUGUGGAGUGUAUGGCGUGCUCUGAUAACACCGUACGUGCCGGACUGACUCCCAAAUACAUUGACGUGGACACGCUGUGUGAGAUGUUGAAUUACAGCCCGGCUCCAGUCAGUGCCAAAAUCUUCCCCUGCGUGCGGGACAACUCCGACCCCUGCGUCUACCUCUACGACCCUCCUGUGCCAGACUUCACCGUCAUGAGAAUACAGAUCCCCGCCUCGGCGCAGCAGUACACUGUGAGCGCGCUGGACUCCGCCGGCAUCCUGCUGGUCAUCGACGGAGAAGCCAUCGCCACGUCUGCUGCGGCCCUCUCUGACAUCACUCUGACACAAGGCUCUGUGCUUUUCAUUUCAGCCAAUGAGAGCGUCUCUUUACAGCUGACAUCAUCGUCAGGCAUGACCAUGUUCAGAGCCUGCUGCUUACUGUAGGAGACGUCCGCUUCAUAAACCUCCUGUUCUGUCCUGAUCUAAACCAACGGGUCAAACAAAGUUGUCCCAUCAUGGUCCUAUGUUUUUGGCUUCAUCUCAAACAUGCAUGAUGAAUAACCUCUAUUAAAGGAACAGUUCACCCAAAAAUUCUGUCAUUUACUCAGACUCAAGUUGUUUCAGGACUGUAUGAGUCUCAUUCUUCCACUGAACACAAAAGAAGAUAUUUUAAAGAAUGUUAGUAAGUAAAUCAUUUCUGGUUCCCAUUGACUUCCUUGUUUUUUUUCCACACUAUGGAAGUCACUAUCCACCAACUGUUUGUUACUUGUAACAACUUGAGAGUAAAUGAUGACAGAAUUUUCAUUUUUGGGUGAACUAUCCCUUUAAGUUGGAGUAUUAUGAUGACAUUUAGUGUUAAAAUAGCUAUGCUUAAUCAAAAAAUAACAAAAUAUAUAAUGAAACAGAUUGAAUUAUGAUUCUACAACAUAAAAACCUCUGCAUGUUCUUUUGAAAUAUGUAAAAGUAUAUAAUUCCUUUAAGUCAACAUGAAAUGCUGUUCACACCAUUUUACUUUAAUAAUGUGACAUUUACGAGGGAAAAAAGAAAUGUAGGAUAGAAUUUGAUUGGAUGAUAAAAUGUGGGCGUUCCAGAAUGAAAUGAGACCAGAAUGAGAGUUUAAACCACCAGCAUUAAAGCAACAGUUCAUCCAAAAAUGAGUUCCAAGAUGUAGAUGAGUUUUAGAGAAAUGUAGCAUUACAUCACUUGCUCACCAAUGGAUGGUGUUGCCAAGUCUUCCCGCGGAGUUGGGCUACUUUUACAAGUCUGUGGGUUGAAGCGACUCCAAUAACGUGAUUUUUAGCCCCUGGAAUGUGAAUUUUACCAGGGGGAACCCCGCCAAAAACCAACAUGUAUUUUACCCCCGGAACGCAAUUUUUACAGGGCUAGUUUUGAGUAGCAAUUUUGGGUGGGUUUUGUUUUGAAAACCUGGCAAUCUCUGCAGUGAAUGGGUGCCGUCAGAACAAGAGUCCAAACAGCUGAUGAAAACACCACAAUAAUCCACACCACUCUGCAGUCCAUUAAUUAAUGUCUUGAGAAGUGAAAACUGUGUUUGUAAGAAAUAAAUACAUCAUUAAGAUAUUUUUAAUAAAAUAUGGAUUACUUGUUGAUUAUAGUGAUGUUUUAUCAGCUGUUUGGACUCUCAUUCUGACGGCACCCAUUCACUGCAGAGGAUCCACUGGUGAGCAAGUGAUGUAACGCUAAAUUUCUCCAAAUCUGAGGAAGAAAUAAACUCACCUGCAUCUUGGAUGACCUGAGGGUGAAUACAUUUUCAGCAACGUUUCAUUUUUGGAUGAACUAUUCCUUAAAGAAAGUAAACAAAGUCAGUUUUGAUUUCACGUUGGCGCAUAUAAGUCAAAUGCACGGAUGCAUGAUCACUCACUAUUGGCUGCAACAUUUUAUCAAACGAAAUUUGUUCAAUCAGAGAUUUUUUGCAUAAGGAUGUAACACCUUUUGCAUGUGUUCAAAAAAAUUAAAACCCAAAUGGAGGACAGUAACAAUUUCACUGUUACAUUAAAACCUGGUAACAUACACUUGAGACCAAUUUUAACGUUUUUAAGACCUAUUUCAUGAUACUAAAGAACAAUGAGUCCUUGUAACGCACACACUCUUCCAUAAAGAACAUACACGGUUAAACAGUUUUAUUGAAGAAGUUCUUGCUAAACGAAGCACUCCUGUGACAGACACGAGUUUUGUGAUUUGAUUACCAGUGCAACUGAUUUUAACAAUAACCCUGCAAGUGUUUUCAUACGUGAAACUUUGUUACCGAUUUUUAUCCUCCCUUAUAAGUGACUGUAUGGCUUGAUCUGUGGUUAUGCUUUAUUGCUGUAGUUACUAUUUGCACUAGCAGCGUGGAGAGCACAAAGGAUGCUGGGAAUUACCCUCAUCCUGAUGUUUGUUUACUGUAUUUUUAAGUGGCCUCUUCAGAUUCGUACAUGUAAAACCAGAAGACUGACCUCAAACGUGUUGAUUUCCGGGAUUCUUUCUAUAUUUUUGGAGCUGUGUUAUUCUGAAGUGCUCUGGGAUCAAAGCAUGCGACGGAUGGCAGAAGUCCGAGUGAAUGAAUGUAUGGUGCUUUCUGAGCUGUAAUGGAGCAUGUGUCUGAUAAGAAGAACUCUGUAUGUAAUCCCUAAUAAAUAACGGUUCUGUAACCUUUCACCUGCUCAUUU